AUGCAGACCAAAACCAUUAAGUGCUCCGUGCUCAGGAAGAUAUACCGCUACGAGAUCGAUACCAAAAUUUUCACGUCUCGAGAACUGGCCACAACGACAAACAACUUCAAGAAAAAGAUGGUUUCUGGUGCUAUCCUUAAAAGCAAGCUGGAAAGUACUGGACAGAAUGUGGCUGUUGAAAUGCUUCAUCUGAGUGGUGUUCGAGGAGACGGAGUUUCUUGUGGAAGUCCUAAUGCCUGAAACUAGAGGAAAUUGACGGGUUGCAUUUCUUAUCCAAAGUGAGAGUCACCGGAAGAAUGACGGGUCACAUUUGCUUUUCUGACAAGCAGUGCCUUUCAGCUUCUUAUUCUGCUUCAUAUUUCGUUUCCUUCUCGGACCAAAACACAAGCAAGAAGCCAUGAUUCCCUAAAUUACAAUCGUUUCGCUUAGGCUUAACACUUUGCUGUCACUCACAAAACAACAAUACAUAUACACACACUCAGCUUUGUCAAAAAAAUUGGGAUCAUAGACGAUGACUAGAGAAAUAAAAGAUUUUGUUCUAGAAUCCCCAAAAAGAUGAAAGUAUAUGCUAGAUUCAAACUCUCAUUAAAGUCAGUAGCUAAUGUUUAAUAGAACAAAAAAUUGUAAUGCAAAUAAAUAUGUUUGAAACUGAAAACAUAUAAAUAAAUAUAUAUAAGUGGCCCAUUCGACCCUAUAUAAGGAUGAGAUUAUCAUAACCAUAACCAUCCUACUUGUUAAUUGCUCUCUGGGCGUCUUCUCUGAAGUUGACAAAACCCAUGU